GCCUUGGAUUAGCUAAGCAGGUCCAAACGUGUCUGUGAGAAUGGCUGGGAACGCGUUGAGGUCAACGUUAUCCCGUGUCAUAGGGGCCGUGCAGAGCCAGGCUCCAGGUACAAGAACCUUCACCAGAGGGAUUCAGACUGUUACAUUAAUCCCUGGAGAUGGAAUCGGUCCAGAAAUUUCUGGUGCAGUUGUGAAGAUAUUCGAAGCUGCAAAAGCCCCAGUCCAGUGGGAGGAGAGAAAUGUCACUGCUAUUAAAGGACCAGGCGGGAAGUGGAUGAUUCCACCUGAAGCAAAAGAAUCCAUGGACAAGAGCAAGAUCGGCCUGAAAGGACCUUUGAAGACACCAAUUGCGGCUGGACACCCCUCGAUGAAUCUGCUGCUGAGAAAGACCUUUGACCUCUACGCCAAUGUGCGUCCAUGCGUGUCCAUCGAGGGCUACAAGACCCCAUACACUGACGUGGACCUGGUCACCAUCCGCGAGAACACGGAAGGAGAGUACAGCGGGAUUGAGCAUGUGAUUGUUGAGGGAGUCGUACAGAGCAUUAAGCUCAUCACUGAGGAGGCCAGCAGACGCAUUGCUGAGUAUGCAUUUGAGUACGCCAGGAAUAACCAAAGAACCAGUGUCACGGCUGUUCACAAAGCCAACAUUAUGCGCAUGUCUGAUGGACUGUUUCUGCGGAAGUGCAGAGAGGUGGCUGAAAACUACAAGGAUGUGAAAUUCACAGAAAUGUACCUGGACACCGUUUGCCUAAACAUGGUACAAGAUCCCACACAGUUUGAUGUGCUGGUGAUGCCAAAUCUGUAUGGUGAUAUUUUGAGUGAUCUGUGUGCUGGGCUGAUAGGUGGUCUGGGAGUGACACCUAGUGGCAACAUUGGAGCCAACGGUGUUGCCAUAUUUGAGUCGGUCCAUGGAACCGCACCGGACAUUGCAGGCAAGGACCUGGCCAAUCCCACUGCCCUCCUGCUCAGUGCCGUCAUGAUGCUGCGGCACAUGGGGCUACACAGCUAUGCUAAGAAGAUCGAGACUGCUUGCUUUGACACCAUCAGAGACAAGAAGGUUCUGACCAAAGACCUCGGUGGAAACUCCAAAUGUUCUGAGUUUACACAAGAAAUCUGCCGAAGAGUCCAGGACAUGGAUCAGUGAUGAUGCUUACUGGAGGCAAUAUCAGCUGUGUUUGGGCUCCAGCCUGAAGCACUACAACAAAUCAAGCUUCAUAUCAUUCGAAAAAUUGACGCACAAAAUUGAGUGUAUACGCUGCAUGUGUGUGUGUGUAUGUAUGUGUAUGUAUACACAUACACAUGUGUGUAUAUAUAUGUCAGUACAUACAUAAUAACAUAAUAUAAUGUUGGUACGGAAACAGAAUGACUCCUGUGGGAUGACCUCCUGAAUGUUUUAUUUUCCAACCAAAACACAAAGUACCGUCUUACAUUCUGCACUGUGGUCCUUCGGUUAAUGUGAUUGUGAGAUAUUUUCCUUUGUUAAAAAAAAAUAUAUAUAUAUAUAUAUAUCUGCUUAAAUGUUCUCUAUUUAUUGUCUGAUUUCGGCCUUUGGUCCGAGAUAUUUUACUAUGUGGUCUUUGUUGAGCUGUGUGCUGAUUGGUCAGUGUGGAUGUAACUCAACUGGUUUCAGAAUUCAUUACCUAAAAAGUUAGAUAUUUUGAAUGAAGUUUCCUCUAUUGUGAGCUCAUUUGCUAUGAGUAUACGAGUAUAAUAAACAAGUUAUAAUAUGGGCAUUUUCAAAAUCAAACAUGUUUCCUUCUCACCCAAGCAAAUUAGAUUCACCGUACAGGGGUUUGUAAAUGAGUAACAAUGUUUUUACUAUAUCAUGGGUCUUAAUUCCCCCACUUAGGGAUGGUUAGGGGAUUGAUCAGGGGACGGCUGUUCAAAUGAAAAUAUUAUGUAGUAUGACACAUUGUCUUCUUGGGUAGGGGAAGGCAUCAGAUCUAAAUUUAAUCAUUUACUCCACUGCCAUUUUUAAGCAGGUGUAAAAAUGUUCAGCUGUUACAUCCAGUCUUAAGAGUGGAGCAGAUUUCAGUUCAGACCAAGCAUGACAUCAACAAAGCAAUGGAACAGGUCUACAUUGUUUCAGAUCAGUGAACCCUGAUUACUGUGUUCCUUCUCAGAAACAAUCAA